GUCAUUCACAAAACAAUUGAAAAGAAAUGGCUGCUAAUGAAGAAGGCCAAGGCUCCUCUUCAAAAUUCUUCUUCGACAGUUUUAUGUCAGAGUGGCCCCAAGUUGAAGAGAAAGCUCUAGUAUUGCUACAAGAACUGCUUAGGAUCGACACUCAAAACUAUGGCGAGGACUGUACCGAGACAGAAGCAGUGAAGGUCAUACAAGAGAGAUUUGACGCCUCCAAGGUUGACUAUGAAGUAGUGGAGCCUAAACCAGGCCGUGGAAACAUAAUAGCCCGCAUAAAAGGAGACGGCUCCUCGGGUAGGGGCCCUAUACUUUUAAGCUCUCAUCUAGACACUGUCAAAGCCCCCAAAGAGAACUGGGAAGCCGAAGGAUGGAAGCAUAAUCCUUACGGUGGAGAGAUAGACGAGGAAGAUGGCUGCCUUUAUGGCCGAGGUGCAAUCGACAUGAAACACAUGGCUGCCAUGUGCGUGAUGAUACUUUGUUUCAUUAAGGAUAAUGGCAUCCAGCUCUCCCGGGAUCUCAUCUUUGCUGGACUGGCUGACGAAGAACGUGUUGACUCAACUUACGGCGUUAAAUAUCUCGUUGAAAACAGACCCGAAUUGAUCGAAGCUGAUGUCGUCAUUACUGAAGUGGGUGGGAUAUCGCUUCACAACGAAGGAAAAGAGAUGUUUUCUGUCAUGAUCGGAGAGAAAGCUUCUUCAUUAAUCAAGAUAACUGCUAAGGGACCAGGUGGACAUGCGUCUGUCUAUCAUUUCGAUAAUCCACUGGGUACCAUAGGCUCAGUUGCCAACGUAUUAUCAAAAACUCCUUUACCAUUACGUAUUGUACCAGCUGGACGAGCUACUAUAGAGAGUGUGUCAGCUCAACUGCCUUUGGUAAAAAGGGUUUUAUUUCGACAGCUUCUCUCCCCUACUCUAUCAAAUCUUGUAGCUAAGGCCUUCCAAAUGGAGCAGUAUCAGGCUUUCAUGCCUUUGCUUCAUAACACUGCUAGCCCCACUAUAAUAGAAGGAGGUAAUCAAGCUAAUCAGAUACCCUCCGAGGUUUCUUUGACUGUUGACUGUCGCAUACUUCCGGGACUAACAGUCGAAGACGUCUUGGAUGACCUUCGAUUUGUUAUUGGGCUGGAAAAGUUUGAGCCAAGAGCGAUGCCAAACGGAGAGGAAAUGGCUCCUGAAUUAAGCAUGGAGGUGAUCAAACAUCGCUAUACGUAUAGCCAGGAUCCAAACGCACCUGAAAUAGUUGAAGUGGUUGAUAUUAUAAGAAGUGUCAUUAGAGAGAGAGCUAAUGGUGCACCAGUGAUAACUAACCUCUUACCUGGCGGGACUGACCUUACUUAUUAUUCUCGUCAUCCCACAAAGACCCCGGUGUGUUUGGGAUUCACUCCGACUCGUUUUCCUCCUGGCAUGAAAUUGGUUGCUUUGUUUCAUGGAGUUAACGAGCGUAUUCCUGUUGAUGGUUUCAAGUGGGGAGUCCGUGUGCUGGCUGAUGUAGUAGCUGAGUUGUGCGGAGCCAAGAGAUAGUAACACUGUGCGUAUGAUUAAUAUUAAUGUACUACUGAUAUGAUCUAUGUAUUAAUUAUACUGCUUUAAUGAGAUUAACCACAAUAAUCUAAUAAUAAUGAUGAUUAUCAUUGUGUUUGAGUUAUUUCAUGAUUAUUUGUUGCAUAUUGAAAGAAAAAAUAUGUUAUUUCAAUCAAAC